UAUUGACAGUAAUUAAUAAACAGUUGUCAACGGUACUCUGAAGUUUCAAUACACAACAUGGUGACAGCGGUGAUUUUUUAAUCGUAAAAAUUGUUUAAAAUAAUAUUUAAGUGCAUUAUUUCGCGUUUAAGUGUCGUAAUAGAUACGAAUUUUGAUUUUUUCGUAAUGGAACACGCCCGACCACCGUCAGAAUUGAGUCUGGAAGGCAACUCCGUCAGCCGGGCUGACGCAUGGAAGCGUUGGAGGAAACAAUUUCAUCUAUCUUUGAAAGCAUCAGGGGUGCAUAAAGAAGAAGGCAGUGUGCAAGCCAGCUUGCUCAUCAAUUUAAUUGGAACGGAAGGUUUCGAUGUGUACGAGACGUUUAAGUUUUCAAAUGACACUGAAAAAGAUGACGUAACGGUUUUGUUAAAAAAAUUCGACGAAUACUUCGGCGUCAAACCGAAUGUUACGUUGGCGAGAUAUAAUUUCUACAUGAGAAACCAGGAAGGCGGCGAGUCCAUAGAUCAGUAUGUGACGGCUUUGAAACUGCUGAGCAAAACCUGUGAAUUUAAAACCUUAGAAGAGGAAUUCAUUCGCGAUCGGAUCGUAUGCGGCAUAAAAAAUACGAUAGUUCGCGAUCGUUUACUGAGAACGGACGACCUAACGAUGGACAAAGCUAUUAAAAUAUGCAAAGUCGACGAGGUAUCGGCGGACAGCAGUCGCGUAUUGCAGGAGUCGCGCGGAGCAAGCGCGGGGCCGGUGCGCGUGGACGCUGUGGGCGCGCGGGGUGGUGCUGGGCCACGUGCGGCGCGGUCACCGGCUGCGUGCGGUCCCGGAUGGCGCGAGGCGCCCGCCGCCUCUUUCCAGUUCAUCUGCGUCCAGUACUUGUCUCAGGUGCGGAGGUCCGUGUGUUAUUUGGGCCGACUGUCCUGCGGUCUCAGUGCAGUGUUAUGUGUGUCAAAAUUAUGGUCAUUUUGCAAGAAUGUGUCAAGUACAUAAAGGUGUAAAAAAGUUAUAUGAUAUCGGUGUUCUAGAGGACGAAAAUAAAUACGAGCCGGAACUGGACGAUGACUGGGAGUCGUUUUAUAUAUCUACUUUAAUUGAUGGUUCCAAAAUCGACUCGGUGUCGCAGGAUUGGUUUGAGGUCCUCCGAGGAGAAUGGGGCUCGGAAAAUUUUAAACUAGACUCGGGUGCAGAUAUCAAUGUCUUAUCUUUUAAGCGAUUUGUGCAGUUAGGCAAUAACCCUAAUAACAUUGUUGUAAAUCAUAAGGUUAAACUGCAAUCUUACAGUGGCGAUUUCAUUCCUAUUAAGGGAAUUUGUAAUAUUAAAUGGUGGUAUAAAAAUGUUCAAUAUGAUCUUAAGUUUGCGAUAGCUGAUAUUGAUUGUCAAAGUGUACUGGGACUGCAGGCGUGCUUAUUAUUAGGGUUAAUAAAAAGAAUUCACGAUAUAAAUUUCUCUAAAAAUAGUGAUUUGUUCAAUGGGUUAGGUUGUUUACCGGGGGAAUAUCAUAUAACGGUAGAUUGGGAUGUGACGCCGGUGGUGUGCGCUCCGCGGAAAGUACCGUUAAGCCUUCGUGAUAACUUGAAGGACGAACUCGAUAGGAUGA